GUCCACCAAGUUACCCAAAACAACCCCCGAGCAACGUUGAACUCUCGUCAAAAUAAAAACACGACUGAAUUAAAAUAUGAUAAAAAACGACAGCGCGUCUAAAUCAAAAAUGAUUUAAAUAUCAGUGAAGCCAUGGAAGACACAUCCAGCGAUGCCCACGGGUACGCGAAAUUGGUCAAGCCGAGGAGACAGAAGGAGUACAAUAACAGGACGACUUUCACCAACUUGUCCCCUCCGGUUGAUGCUUACAAUGCCGUUUAUUUGGCAUUCGUCAUGGGGGGCGCCGGAUUUCUGCUCCCCUAUAACAGCUUUAUAAUGGCUAUGGACUACUUUAAAGUUCGAUAUCCUGGAACCCCCGUUGUUUUUGAUUUAUCGUUGGUGUACAUUUGCGUUGCUUUUCUCACCGUUUUGGCAAACAAUCUUCUUUUGGAAACCAUAUCUUUAAACUCCAGGAUCAACUUUGGGUACAUAAUGUCUUUUAUCACUCUGAUAUUCGUUGUUAUUUGCGAAGUAUGGUGGGAGGCAUUUGGAACAGCUACUUCUUACAGUGUUAAUUUGUUUGCUGUUGCUGUGGUAUCAAUAGGGUGCACAGUGCAACAAUCAAGUUUUUAUGGGUACACAAGUAUGCUUCCUCCAAAAUACACCCAAGCUGUAAUGGUAGGAGAAAGUGCCUCAGGAGUUUUUACUUCAACCGUACGAGCCCUUACCAGGCUGUUGAUUAAUGAGCUACGCGGAAGCACCGUUUACUUUUUUACCGUAUCAGCUUCAGCGGUUGCCACUUGUUUUGCGAUGUAUCACCUGAUAAGAAGAACUGAUUUUAUACAAUUUUACAUGGCCUUAUGUGAAAGAGCCAAAACAAGGAUCACCUUGGAGCCUACAGAAGACGCUGGACUUAUUGAGACAACCGAUGUUCAGUAUGGCGUUCUAAAAAUUCAAACUAGUCCUCCACCUACAGGAAGUUUAAGUUUUGCUAAUCCUGCCUAUGAGCCUUCAGCUGCUACUGCUCCAACCUAUAAAGUAGAAGAUGUUGUUAUAAGAGGUCGGCAGAGUAUCAGCCAAAGCGGUGUUGGAUUGGCAUCAAUAAAAAGAGGGUUACAUGCAAGAUGGGAGGUAACAAAAUCCAUUUACCCGUACAUGAUAUCAAUCUGCGUAGCAUACUUUACCACUCUCUCGGUAUAUCCAGGCAUUAUAUCAGAAGUUGUGAGUUGUAGUUUGGGAUCUUGGAUGCCUAUUUACAUGAUGGAGAUCUUUAACGGUGCAGAUUUAAUAGGAAAAAUUUUGGCAAAAAACAAUAAAUCCUGGACUCAAAGAAGACUUAUCACCUGGUCUUUCGGCAGAUUGUUUUUAAUACCGCUGAUGGUAUUGUGCAUUUUACCAAAAGGACGACCUUUCUUUCACACCGAGGUUACACCUUUUAUAUUGUCAUUAAUUUUGGGGCUUAGUAACGGCAUUCUGGGAAGCGUACCAAUGAUUCAAGCAGCUACUAAGGUCGAAGAUAGAUACAGAGAGCUUACAGGAAACAUGAUGACACUUUUGUACAUGUUUGGUUUGGCGGCCGGUUCAUUCGUGGCGUAUUUCUUACAGAACAUAUUAAAGAAUAGAGUUUCAUCAUAUCCACCAUGUAGUUCAGAUAUAACACACCUUAAUACUACUAUAAGUUCGCUGAUAACUUCUACAACAACUGUUAUUUCUUCUACGUCCACUAUGAUGACUACAUUAACCUCAACGCUGUCCACUAUUGUAGACAACUUUACACAAACUGAAUCGUCUAGAUAAUUUAACAAUAGCAACUGUUAUAUUUGGUGUUAAUAUCAUUAUUAUUGGUUAUAUUUAUUAGGUUUUUAUUAUAUCA